AUGGCGGCUGGAGCGGAGCAGCGCGGGGCCGGCCUGGAGGCCGCGGUGCGGGACGGGCUGCGCGGCCUCCGGGAGCGCUGGCUGCGGGGCACCCAGCGGGGCUCCGCGCCCGCACCGCUGCCGGCGGCCCCGGACGGCGCGGAGGGAGAGAGCGGCCUGCAGGCGCUGCCGAUCGACGUGCAGCUGAGAAUCAUGUCCUUCCUCUCCCCCCAAGAUUUGUGCCGCUUAGGAAGCACGAGUUGUUACUGGAGGGCAGCUGUGCAAGACCCGUUGUUGUGGAGGUAUUUUCUCUUGCGGGAUCUCCCCUCUUGGACAUCUGUUGAUUGGAAAUCACUUCCAGAUGAGGAGAUUUUUCAUAAAGCCUUUUCAGAGGUCAGCGACAAUGCACUGUAUGAUUACAUGGCAGUAUAUAAAAGGAGCUGUCCUCAGGGUAGAAGAAGUUUGAAAUCGAGCCGUCCCCUGUAUGGGGCUGUGACUUCCUUUUUGCAGUCACUGGUCACUCAGGCAGAACCUCGCUUUGCUAUGUUUGGGCCAGGUUUGGAAGAGCUGGACAACUCUCUGGUACAAAAGAUGAUGACAUGCCCAGAAAUUCUGGUGGUAACUGGACUACCUCAUAGACAAAUUCAUGGAAUUGGAUCAGGAGUCAGUUUUCAGUUUAACAACAGUCAAAAAUUUAAUAUUGUGACACUGUAUUCCACCACGAGUGUGGAAAGGAGGAGAGCAAGGGAGGAGCAAGCUGUUGCUGUGAAUAAGAUGUUUUACCAAGAGAACAGCACAGUAGGAAAUCAGCAAGCCACGCACUACAGUGUAAUAGCUCAAGUGAAGAAGGUGUGCAAAGUAGUUGAUGGAUUCAUUUAUGUUGCUAAUGCAGAAGCUCAUAGAGAGCAUGAUCGUCAGGAGGAGCUGGCUCGUAUUUUGGCAAUGAUUGAUCCGGCCCUCGGGCCUCCGAACAGACCUCUGCUGUUUUUGUCCUGCGUGUCUCACACUGGUGUGAGAAGAAUUCCGUGUGUUUAUGUGGCACAUCAGUUGCAACUAAAUCUGCUGCAUCAGCCCUGGAUGAUGCAGGACAUUGUAGCUGCAACUUUAGAUGGAUUGCUAAAUGGAAUUGAGUGGCUCUUGGAAGAAGCAAAUUGUAAAAGUGGUCAGUAAUAGAAUUAGGCAUUGUUGCACUGUAUAAAGCCUUUGGUGUUUUCCAUUUCAGUUGAAGUGAGUAUUUUGUCCUUCCUACCAGAGUACUGUCAGAAGGGAAAACUAAAAGGCAAACCUGCAUAUAUUUCACUGCACAUACUUAAAUCCUUAACAUUUUUCCAACUAUAGUUCUGAAUUAAAAGUAAAAAAUUCUGAAUUAAAAGUACAGUAGGAUUGCCUGGAUUCCAGCUGCAAUAAAGAAAUUAUUUGGAGGGACAAUCCGUGUGUUUUGUUUUGUUUG